CUCUCUCUCUCUCUCUCUCUCUCUCUCUCUCUCUCUCUCUCGCAUCAUCAUGAUGUGUAUGCGUGUGUAUCGCCUGCGGACGAGCAAAAAGGAGCGCGCGACAAUAACAACAACAACUCGCGUGCGAGAGAUAUCUGCGCGCGCUCGGAUGAUACUAUCGGACCGUCUCUCUCUCUCUCUCUCUCUCUCUCUCUCUCUCUCUCUCUCUCUCUCUCUCUCUCUCUCCCGUCCUCAACGGCUUUUUUCGAUUCGCGCGCGAUUUUCUUUCACCUCUUUCUCUCCCUUUACAUACACAGCCGUAUGGUUGCGGAAAAUUGCGCGAGUUCACGCAAGCCCGCCGUUAGAUUUUCCGCAAGCGGUCGACUAUUCUGCUGCGCAGUUACCGCUGGCUGCAGCUGAAAGGCUGCGACCGGGAGCUCUUCAGUCGCAGCGCGCAGUAGGUCUGGCGUGCUAUAGGUAUAACGGCAGCGAGUUUGCUAUUCUAUACGGAGGGAAAACUUUCGCGAUCGAUCUUCUCUCGACGGCAGAGCAGCAGCAGCUCCAAACUGUUCUCUCCUCUGCACAACGAAUUCUUACCUAUGAUAAUUGCACUCGUGGAACUCGGGGGGAUAUAAUGAGGGCGAAUUAUCGGCUGCUUUAUGCCGAGUUUUGCGAACUAUUAGCACUCUGAGUGUGUUUGCGCGCGCGCGAGCGAGUGCAGCAGCCUCUAAGUGCUCUAAUUUCUUAUCGCGCGUCCCUGUGUAUUUGCAAACACGUACCAGUUGCAUACAUUCUGCGCGCGACAUUCUCGCACGGUGCAACUUGUGCAACGCUCGCGCUAAUAAUUAUUCGCCGUCCCCGCGGGUAAUUAUUGCACGAGUCCCGGCUAAUUAGAAAAAUCUCUCGGAACGAAAACAAAUUACACUUGCUGCACUUCGACUCUCUCUACCAGUUUUCCCGGACGAUCGCGUCGAGUAUAUUGCAGCGGCGCGACUGGUUUGCGUGAAAUCGAAAACAACAUGUUUUGCCGUACAGAGAUCAACCCCGCGGAGUGGAAACAAAUAUUUUGAAGCGAGCGAUACUUACAAAACGGAAAAUCUCCGCCGGUCACUAUCUCCCCAGCGCGUUUUUCAUUCAUUGAUUACGCGCCAACCUUUCCCACGAAGUUUUUUGUCUGUGAGUAUACGGGGCUCGCGCCCGGAAUUCCGAGAGGAACAUUUUUUUCUCGUUUCCUGUCCCCGAUUAUCUCCACCGCCUUUGAUUUCUCUCGACUGUGUGUCAGCACAGCACUGUCCGAGCGCGAGUGGCUAAUGCGCCUCUUUACCACUAUAGAGAAUAGAGAUAAGCUUUUCUUUGAUUAUCGCCGCUCUCGGCACGAGUGUCAAGUGCGUGUCUUAAGAAAAUGUUUGUCCUAAUGACUCGUUCCCGCGCGCGGGGCAACUGUAAAAGCCUCGUUUGUUGUGUCUGCUUGUUUUCCCAAAUGCGCGCUCUCGAGUUCAACGAAUCCGAGCUUCCAGGAAAUACGCCGAGAAAAAAUUUCGCUCCGAGAGCCUCCGAAAACUUUCGGCAGACGUGCGGAUUUUUCCCAUGACACGGGCAAGCCCGCACGCACUCGCUGUUUUGACGUGCCCCGCGGCGCUUUAAAGAUUUAAAUGUCAACGACCUUAAGCGCAGGGGGCGUCGCUCUCUCGCCGGCGUCUCUCUCUCUCUCUCUCUCGCUCUCCCUCGCGCGCUCACAACAAAUAUUUUGCCCAUUCUUUCCAUCUCGCUCGCACGCCCGCCGAAUUUCCUCGACCGUGUGGAGCGCGGCGGGGGAAAAGCUAGCUCGCACGCACGGGCGGCGGCCUUUCGGUGGGGGAUCGGCCAGCGCCUGUGUAGACUGUAGUAGAGUUCGUCACACAGAGUUUUUCUCUGCAGCAGUGGAAAAUUGUAGUUCGACGUCUCCGCAGCCCGGAUGCAAGUCAGCCGUUACGCCGUACACACACAUAGCCGCGAGCAAGCAAGAGAGAGAGAGAGAGAGAGAGCUUGGCAUUCCAACGGGUAUUUCUAAUUUUAGACUCGCGUGCGUGUGUGUGUGUGUAUGUACGCUUCCUAUCCCUACUACUCGGACGCGCGCGCCGCGUCUUCUCUCCCCUCUCGCGGCUGCGGCGGCGGCGGCGUCCCUUUUUCUCGCCGUCCUUCUCUUUCUGGCGUGCUGCUCUAUACGGAGUAGGUAUUCGCAGAAGGGGCUCUUUCAUUUUCCUCGGCUGCGAAUCCUUCGCAUCGAUAUGCCUCUCGGCUGCUGCUGGUGCUGAAAUUUGCAUUCCUUCGGAUAUCCGCGGCCGCCGCCCUUCCUCCGCACGCUGGAAAUUCGCUGGAUGCUAAGGGUCGCUGCUCUCUCUCUCUCUGUACAUGCCUGCGAUGAGAGAAUGUUCGAUACCGCGGCGCUCGGGAUGCCUCUGCAGCUCCCGCGCGCGAGGAUGAUUAAAUGUUAUUUUGGAAAUUAGAUGACGGCAUCGGCUCAGUAUGUCCGCACGUGAGUCACUCGCGGCGUGAUUCACGCUUUUUUCCACCUAGCGCGUAUACCUGAAUACAUACAAGCCUGCGAGAGCGGUGAUCGUAUCAAAAUAAACAACCGUUACAUUCCUUUUUUGCCUCGCGAGCUCCUUCUCUCCCAAGGAAUUGUCGCGGAUCACAAUGAACUUUGUCGUAAUGUAUAACGCACGCGGCGCGAGAGCGUUCAAAACAAACCCGAGUUCCUCGGCCUUGCCGCAGAUGGCGCCACGUCGCUGUGGCGGCAGAGCCUUUUGCUCGCGUUACAAACGAUGCAUCAUCGUCUUGGGAAUCGGACGAAAGAGAGGAGUCCAUAAAGGAAAUCCAUUAGCAUCUCUGCUCGGUCCUGCCGCGGAGUGCAUGUAUAAGACGCUGAUGAGAGGAAAAAGCGAGAAAGGGGGCAAAUUAGGACGGAACAAGGGAGGAUCUUUAAUGCAUGAGCCUCGGCAGAGUCCUCUCGGAAUUCAGAAUUUUAAAUUGAGGGAAAUUUUCGGUGUCGCCUCACGCACAAUCGCAUAAAAAUGCAUUUCCCAUCGAUGAUCCUCCUCCGGAGUCUCUUUUUCCUCGAGAGCCACAAGUGUAUUAUAAUAUAUUGAAGACUAGAUAUGCACCCUCCGAGCGCCGAUGAAUAUUUAUCGGCGCGAGAUUCCCAUCUUUUCCGAGUCUCCGCAGCGCAUUAUAACAUUAUCAUUUCUCGGAAUAAUAUCAACAACACAACAGCAGGAUUUUCCGUCUCCGUGUAUAAUCUAUUCAGCCCCAUUAUCGCGCGCAGACAUAAAAAAAGCAGCGACGGCGGAUGGUACACGCGGAGAGAGGAGGCUAAUUGUAAGUCGUCCCGUAUGGCCGAACUAGCGGAGAGAGUGAGGCGAAAAUCGCGCGCCUCGACGCCUGCGGUUUAUUUGCGUCUCGUCGCGCGGCGCGAAUGUAGUCCGCGGGGCUGCAUCAGAGGCGCGUGCGACUGCGUUCGGAUUUAGAUCGUCGCUCGCGCGGAGGGGAGAGAGUGCGUCGCGCGCGUCCCGAGAGUUUCAGCGUCUGCGUAUGCAAAACAUUUCAUUCACGACUGGAAUAAUCUUCGACCUUUAAUUCGGGGGAGCGAGAGCGCGCGCGCGCGCGCGAGAGAGAGAGAGAGAGAGAGAGAGGCGGCGGUUAUAAUUGAAGUCGUCGGCCUUCCCACUUCCCGUAUAGCGCUUCUCGUCGUGAGCUCUCCGUCUCCCCGCGCUCACAAUAAUUUAGACCCUCAGACAGUGUCUCGUCGUCACCCUCGGCUGCGCGCGCGCGCUCGUUGUGUCGCGCGGGAAAUAAACGAAUGGAAAGCAUUACGGCGCGUUAGCUCUCGAUUUUCUACCUUUUUCGGCCACGCGCGGAUUUCCCGGCCCACUUGUGCGCCUGUAACCUGUAUACUCGAGAGGGGAAUUUACGGCGAGUUUUGAAAACUCGAUUUCACGGGGGCGUGUGCCCCUGUAUAUGUAUAGGAGAGCUUCGAGGUGAAGGACCGUGUGAACACCUGCGCGCCGAAAUUCCUGCUGCGGAGAGCGGAGCCGGUGUAGCAUCGCUAAACACCUCGUAAUCCCGAUUCUCUCGGAGCGAUAACCAAUCCGGCGGCGGCCAAGUGAAAGAAGAGAGGAGGAUCGAUUCGUUCCGAGGAGAAUUUACUUCAGCCUCCCGUGGGACUAGAAAGCAGCACGUCAUUCGUCUUCUUCUUUACUCGUGCACUCGAGAAGAGCAGGCCAUUAAAGGAAGAGUCGGCUGCUGCGCCGACCGUGAAGCAGAAAUUCCACGUAUGAGCGUCUUCCCGCCGAGAAGUCGCGCAGACUUCAGCGUCAGCUGACUGCUCCCGCAAAGAGAGAGAGAGAGAGAGAGAGAGAGAGAAAGAAUCUUCAGAGUCCCUAGGUAUAUUAUGCUUCUAAUAACUCGAGGUCCCUUCUCUCUCUCUCUCUCUCUCUCUCUCUCUCUCUCUCUCUCACUCACUCACUCGAUCUCUGGGAGAGGAAUUUGUAACCUCAGGCCCGCCAGACGAGAUCCAACACUGCGAUGCGACGCGAAGUCAGGCAUAAAACGAGCGGGAGGGGGAGGCCGAAAAAAGGACUAAGAGGAGGAGGAGAGCGGGCUGGGCCAGAUUGGAGGAAAAGGCGGGCGUGGACGGGAAAAAAUUGAGGAAUAAGAAGAGUGUGUCGCGCGCGAGAGCGAGGGGGAAAAAAGCAGUCGCCCGGCAUGGAUUCCGGAGAAACGAGCGGCCGAGUACUCGUCCGCUCUCUCGGGGUGGGAGAAAACGUGAGAACUGGCGCCUUUCUUUCGGAGCGCGUAUUUGUGUACAAGGCCCCCCUUGGGGUCACGCCUCUACUCUCUUUCGCGGGUCCUCAUUCCCAUGACUUCUUCUCUUGCAUCUCAGCCGGUAUUUCACGUGUCCAGGUGUCGUAGCUGCCCUAAUCCCGUUCUCCGCGCAGGCAGGUUGCGAAUUCAAAGAGUAUCCUCGCGCAUGAUAUGCAUCCGCAGGAGGGAGAUAGCGCGCGUUACGAUCGCGAGGAAUGCGCGUCGAGAGGCAUCGGCCGUUCAUGAAUGAAAUACGCGGGAGAUGACGGCGCGCUGCGGAGGAAAGUGACAGGAUAUGCGAGCGGGAGAGAGGGCUCUCUCUCUCUCUCUCGCUCGCUCGCCGCCGCGCUACUGCUGCAGAUUAGAGUGUGAGAAAGAGCAGCGGCGAGGAAUGCUCUGCAGGCGGGCCCCAAGGCUCCGCGCUGCUGCUGUUGCUCUCUCAAGUCAAGCGUGCCUACAUUGCGUGUCAGGCCGUCGACCCCGCAUGCUGUGGAAUGAAGGAACGCACUCUCGGGUUUACUGGCCGCUCGCUCGCGGUCUCUCUCGCGAUUGCCCUGCUCCCGAGUCCUUCUCGUCUCUCUCUCUCUCUCUCUCUCUCUCUCUCUCUCUCUCUCUCUCUCUCUCUCUCUCUCUCUCGCAUUGGUUUUUUUCGCUCUCGGUUAUUUAGUUUCCACCUCCUCGCGGUUCACUGCUCCCGCGCGUCGAAAAAUUGGUCUCCGCUUCAUUCAGUCCUGUGGCCUCGAGCGCGCGUCAUCCUUUCGCUUUUCGCGCACCGACUUUGAAUUUUCGACACUUUCGAUUUUCCAGAGGACCGGAAGCUGCGAGGACGCAUCCCUGCACGUGGAUCUUGGACAAAUACUCUCUCUUUAUACUUGGCUUUUCCCGCGGCUCGCUUCGCAACUUUCUUCCCGGCUCCAGUGUCCAGCAGCCCCCGUCCUUCACUUUCUCUAUCCGCCGUACUCUCACGUCUCUUUUCCUCUUCUCUUUCGGUCGGUCGCAUUCCGCCGAUUCUCGAGACUCGCCUUUUUAUAGACGCUCGACGGACUGCUUUACUACGCCAUUAAAAAUACUUUGUAUCCGCGCGCGCGCGCGAGCUAGGCGAAGAAAAAAAGAGAACGACCGACACACGCGCACGUAUCAGUUUUUCUCUCCUCUUCGCGUCGCGCGCUGUUCGUUUCUUCUUUCAAUUCCCGUCUUUGAACGACUUUUCGAAGCUCAGCCUUGGCGCCUGUGUGCAAACUGCAAGCGCUCCUUCUCCCACCUGCCGCAAACCCCCCCCCCCUUCGAUAAACAGCCUCGAUUUCGAAUGCACGCAUGGAUAACUCUUCCGUCCGUCUCGAUUUUCAUUUUUCCUCCAUCGGCCAAGAAAAGGCGCAAUUUCAUCGUAUAUAUAGAUCGGGUUUCUUCGCGAGCAUUAUAUCAGCGUGAAAAAAUCCGUCUCAUAUUAUACCAUACAAGUUUUCGGCUUCGGCCAAUCGCUCGACGAAAAAAUCCGCUGGAAUGCGGUCGUUUACGGACCCCGCCGUCACCGCCUUUCCAUUCGUCGGCAACGAGCUCCUCUCUCACGCGGGAACGAGCGACGCACGCACACGCGCGUAUACUUAUACUUUUAGCCGCUGGAGAGCGAGAGAGAAAGAGCGCUGGCCACGAGCGCGUGUGAUCAAGCCGCGCUUGGCGCGGCAGCGUCGCUGCCUCGAGUGGGAGAGAGAGAGCGCGUGUCUUGUUUACGCGUUAUUGGCCUAGCAACAGCUGUUUGGCAUUGAGACUCUCGGCGGUUACGCGUGCGGCCCUCUCUCGCGCUCUCUUUUUCCCGCGAGCUUCAAAAAUAAACAGUAUUUCUGGCUGUUGCCGCCGCUGCAGCACCUUAUCCUCAUUGUCUAAUUGUACUUUCCUCCUCGUACGCAUUAGCUGUCGGCACAUGGCGGCGCGUGAUAUUUGCCCGCGACAAAUGACGAGAUUCGCGGUAUAGGCUUAUCUAAUUGCCUUAUAAUCGACAGCUCGAGGAGGUCCCCGUGUUUGCACUGCACACCGCGAUGCCUCGGUUUCGCAAGAGCGCGACGACUGCGUCGCGUAGAAAACGAUAGCGGCUCCGGCAGCUACAUAGUUCGCUUCCUUCCGAGCUUUAAUUAGAAUUUACUGCCUUAUCAUCGUGCGUGUCGGCCGUCCGCUCGGCCCCGAAAAUGAGAGAAGAGCCGAAAAGCGCCGCUUAUCUCGCUCCGCGAGCGCGAGAGCGAUGGCAUGCGCGAUGCCGUCUCGCUCUAUUGUCUCUCUCUCUGUCUGUCUCUCUCUCUCUCUCUCUCUCUCUCUCUCUCUCUCUCUCUCUCUCUCUCUCUCUCUCUCUCUCUCUCUCUAUUCGUCGCCGCCGUAAUGCUCUAUAAGCUCCCUCUCCUCCCUCUAUCUCUGCCCUCUCUCGCACGCGCGCGCUACGCUUUUUUGAUUAUUUCCAUACAGCUAUACUCGAUCUCUCGGCGCGCCGCCGAGACUAGUGUGACUAGUGUCGUGUCUUCUCUCGAGCGACUCGCAUCGCUCCGCAUCAGUCCACCUGGAUAUCUCGGCGCCUUUCGUAAUCGACGACUCUAUACGCGCCUGUAUAGGUAUACGCACAUUGCGAGAAAAAGAGCCGAGGCCUUCUUUGUGUGUGGCGCGCGCGCGCCUAGCGUGUGGCGAACCAGACGCUUACCGCUUCGCCACAGCCGGCAGUAACGGUGGAGGGGCCGGUGUUCAAAAUGUCUCCACCGACGAACGACGUGACGAACGGGGUAGUGGUCGCGGCUCCGGGUGACAUCGUCGCCCCGGCCCGACUGCCCACCAGCCCUGCGGCUACUCAGCAGCAGCUCAACAACCCGACUGGCCAGCAGCAGCAGAGCCUCGACACCGCCACCCCGACGACCACCGUCGUACCCACCCACAAGCGCACCCCCAAGGACUUCAUCUUCGGCAAGGUCAUCGGCGAGGGCAGCUUCUCCACGGUCUACAUCGCGAAGGACAUCCACACGAGCAAGGAGUACGCGAUCAAGGUGUGCGACAAGCGGCACAUCAUCAAGGAGAAGAAGAGCGAGUACGUGAAGCGCGAGAAGGAGGUGCUGAACAUGCUGGCCGGCGCGAAGCACUCGUUCGUCCGGCUGUUCUGCACCUUCCAGGACCUCGAGCGGCUCUACUUCGUUCUAUCCUACGCCAAGAACGGCGAGCUGCUGCCCUACAUCAACAAGGUCGGCAGCUUCGACAUCGAGUGCACCAAGUUCUACUCGGCGGAGAUCCUGCGGGGCCUCGAGUACCUCCACGGCCUCGGCAUCAUCCACCGCGAUCUCAAGCCCGAGAACAUCCUGCUCGACGAGAACAUGCACGUCCUCAUCACCGACUUCGGCAGCGCCAAGAUCCUCAAGGAGGACCCCGAGCAGCUGGCGCUCGACAAGACCAACUCCGGCAAGUACAGGCGCGAGAGGCGGAACUCCUUCGUCGGCACCGCCCAGUACGUAUCGCCCGAGCUGCUCACCGACAAGACCACCUCGCGCGCCUCCGACCUCUGGGCCCUCGGCUGCAUCAUCUACCAGAUGGUCGCCGGGCUGCCGCCGUUCCGCUCGCGCAGCGAGUACCUCAUCUUCCAGAAGAUCCUCGCGCUCGAGUACGAGAUCCCCGACGGCUUCUGCGAGCUCGCCCGCGACCUCGUCAGCAAACUCCUCAAGCUCGAGCCGAGCGAGCGGCUGGGCGCGAGCGACGAGCACGGCGCCGGCUACCCGAGCAUCCGCAGCCACCCCUUCUUCGCCAACGUCGACUUCGAGACCCUCCACGAGCAGACGCCCCCGGCCAUCUACCCCUACCUGCCCGGCACCUCCGAGCACGAGGAGCUGCGCUCGCACUACCGCGUGCCCGACAACCUCAAGCCCGGCCUCGACGACAAGCAGCUCACCCGACUCCUCGGGCUCGGCAUCGGCGAGCCCAGCGACGACGACGACGACGAGUCCAGCAGCGCUGAGCAGCAGCAGCAGCAGCAGCAGAAAGAGCAGCAGCAGCGGAAGCUCGAGGAGGACGAGCAGAGGCGCAGAGCCGAGCGCAGGGAGAAACAGCGCCGACUGAAGCUCGACAAGUCCAAGAAGAAGACCGGCAUCUCGGACCUCACCCAGGAGGAGAUCGCCCGCAGGCUCGACGAGCAGAAGGCCAACAACCAGUGGGACAGCUUCGUCGACGGAAACCUCAUCGUCAAGCAGGGCUUCGUCAGCAAGCGCAAGGGUCUCUUCGCCAGGCGGCGUAUGCUGCUGCUCACCACCGGACCGCACCUCUACUACGUCGACCCCGUCAAUAUGGUGCUCAAGGGGGAGAUCCCCUGGAGCAAGGAACUCAGGGUCGAGCCCAAAAACUUCAAGAUCUUCUUCGUGCACACGCCCAACCGCACGUACUACCUGGAAGAUCCCGAGGGCUACGCGCUCGAAUGGUGUCAGGCCAUCGAGGAGGUGCGCGUGCACUACUACGACGUCAAGGAGACCGCCUAAACUGGUCCCUGCCGCGUUGACCACGAGGAGAGAUAAGACCGAGAAAAAAACCACAAACCCAGGAACGAACUGCCUCUUCAAAAGCUCCGAGAUCGACUUGUUGUUACUGCACCUUUGGGAGGAUCAGGAGCCUUUGAACACCGUUGUACAGCGUAGAAAAAGUGUACGACAAACCAGAGACUUACCGAGUGGUUUUCUUCUCUUUUUUCCGUUUAGACAUGAAAUAUUCCUUAGCGAAUUUUCGAGAAAUAGAACGAUAUUAGCUCGAUAAGAAAGUUACUUCGUAACGGAAGGGGACCGACACGGACAUAGACGACAACCGAGCGUUUGAAAAGCAUCCUUGCAGACUUUCCAAGCAUUACCGUAGCUCGUUCAAAGGAGAGAGGAUCAGAAGACCCGUCUUAGUGUUCCGUCAUUAGUUCUAUUUGCUGAUUCAAUUAUUUUUAGUUCUCUAUACUUCGACGCGAAUUUUCGGUCCCCGCGAUUUCGGCGACGCUCGAGGCAGGACGUUUGCCCGCUACUCCUUCGCAGCGCUCACGUAUACGAGUUAUCAUUAGGACAAAAGUAGCUUUACGGAAUGCGCGAAAUUCGUUUGAGUCUAUAGCUUUUAGUAACUGUACGAGAGGAGUAGUCCCGUGGGCGCGUUCCUUCACCUUCGACCGUCGUCCUAGCGAAUUCACUUAUUUAUUUGCGCGUUAUCGAAUCGUUACAUUAGCAGAAACUCAAACGUAUUCAAAGAAAAUCGGCGCUAGCCAAUUUGUAGUCAUUAGCUAUGAAUAAUUUGCGUGUGCGAUUGAAUAAAGUGUGGUAUGUAUGUAUGUGUCUGUUUUGUCGCAAUCGAGCUCCAACGCCGACGUCUUCGUAAUGUAUAUAUGUACGUGAAUAUAUAAAUCUGUAAAUAAUUAUAUAAAUUUCGCGAUCGUCGAAAGUCGCUUUGUAAAUUUGUUAGCCGAGAGAUCCGUUAUAUAAUGUACAAUAUUUCGUGUUUAAGUCAUUAUUUAUGGAUUUGUAAAUAUGUUUCAUAGAGGCAAGUGUAUAAAGUAUAGACACAGAAAAUGCAAUUCGUAAGCUAAGCAUAGUCAGUUCGUUUGUCACAUUUAUUUUUUCGUAGCCGCGUAAGUUCCGUCGUGCAAAAAUGCGAGCUCGAUUGCGGAGAUAAAGAAGAAUCGUGUGUCGCGAAAAUGGAAGCGCAAAGAGAAAGUCGAAGCUCCCGCUGUAAAUGCGCGAUAAAAAGCAAAGAGCCGGCCUGCGACCUUCCCUUUGCCUCGAUCGCGAAACCUCGUAAUGCGAAUAAACAGAUAUUCCUAAUAGCCUCCAAAAAAUAAAAGUCGAAGCGUGCACUUGCACGCGCAAAAAAAUAGCAAAAUAGGAGAACAGAACUGUCGGGAAAUAAGCGAAAACUGCCUCGCGCCCUUGGAAAGACUUAACAGGGUAUUUGUUCGCUGAACGAGCGCUAAGUCGGCCUCGCGACUCGUCGAAGAAUUCCUGAGUGUCGUGUCUCGCCUCCUCGCGUUCAAAGGGCAUGUUCUGCUCGUGUCGGCGCGUCCCCGAAAAAAUGUCCAUCGAUGGCAUUUUGUCCCCGGACCCAGCGACUCACUAAAUCGACCGCUUUUGGUGGGUUGCGCACGGAUCGGGCGGGGGAUUCGAAACUUACACGAGCAGCGCGACGAAUUUGAGCGGGACGAUGCGAGACAUGGCUAUCUCCGAGAGUUUCCCACGACCGAUGGCCGCGAGCGCAGUGUUUCACGUAUAUAGCCAAUUGUUAGCUUAAUAGUUAGAAUUAUUUAUUGUUAGUUGAAAAGAUGGGAGAUUUUUAACGUGGCGCGAUGCGAGUUUCAGCAGUUUUUCCAGAAGGAAUAUUUGCGUGGUAGCGAUACGAACGGUGAAAAAAAAAAUUAAAAAGAAAACUGUUGCGAAAGUGAAAGGCCAAAAAUGUGUAUAGUUUCUCUAUAUUACUGCUGCAGAUUCUCGGAAGAAAAGAUCGUCGGUUUUCAGUUCCUAUGUAAUAUAUAGCAGAUUUAUCGUCAGAAAAUCCAACAUUUUUUUUCUCGUCGGGAAUCGCAAUUUAUGAUUGACUGAUAAUUUUUUUACGUUUGUUUGCUAUUGUUUUUCAGUUAUAAAAAUACGAGAAACGGGCCUUUUUCGCCUUUCACAUAUAAAUAAAGACUGAGAGACCGCAAAUACUUUUUCCAAAUGUUUCAUGUAUAAAUGCUAGUUAAGUUUUUUAGCACGUUGCCGUCGUUUUCACUAACGUAUGUUGUCCUAUUCCUUUUAUCUGGAUCGAUCUGUUGAUCAAAUUAUGUUUGCGUUUUGAAUCAUAAGUCAUCAUUGUCUAAUUUGGUUUUAAGUUUGAAUAUUUUUCACGUAUAAGUAAAUUGCUAUUGCGAUAGUUAUUAUGGAGUAGACAAUUGUAAUUGUAAAAUUUCUUUGCGCAUUUUCGCAUCGAGUGAAAUACUUAAAAAGAAAAACUUAAACGAAAGUUUUCGAACGCGAAGGAUCGCCUCAACUAUUACCACAGUAUUACUAAAUAUACGUAGACUUGCAGCGACAAAUGUGCGAAGAUACGAAACUUAAUGUUAAGCGUAACGCGGAAUAAAGACUUUGUACAUAGUAGUUAUGUAACAUGAAUUAGAGUAAGUCCUAUCAAUACAUAAUAUGUCGAGUUUAUUUAUAGUAAAGUUUCUGAAACAUUAAAUACUCUGUUUUCUAAUUUUUAUUAUCACCUUAUACCAAUAGUUUACUAAUAUAAUGAUAUUGCAAUAAAAAUUAACGUUCUUUAAGAAAAUAUUUAUUUUUCAUAGUACAAAAUUUAAUAAAUAAUAAAUAUCCUUAAGUUCAUUUACUUAAUGUACUUGAAAUCAGUCUAUUUUUGAGUAAUGUGUUGAAUAAUAUGCUUUUUAAGAGCUGGCAUAGUCUUUGAAGUAUAAGAACAUCUAUGACAUUUUAACUCUCUCAGCAAGCACUCUUCUUUUUGUUUAGCAUUAAUUUUUAUUUCACCAGUUUCUUCAAGUUGUUUGCGAACAUCUUGAAAAGAAUUAAAAUAUUUUACUAUCACUAAUAAUGUUCAUGCUGAAGUCAUUAAAACAUAUAGAAAACUUGAAUUUUGAAUAAAAAAUAUUAAAUUUUGUCCAAGAAAAUUUAAAAAAUACUGAAAAUUUAACAAUUUGUUUGUCAUACCUUUAGAAGGCAAAAAGUAUGGCGUUGUAAAAGAAUUCCAAUGCUGCUUUGUUUUCAAACAGCGACUAUCAAAGUCAGUGCUUAUUACAUGUAGAUGUAAGCGAUGCAUACUUGGAAUGGCAUGAUAACCAACU